AGCACUACCUCUCAACUUCCAACCAAGUAACCCUGGUAAAAAUUUAACCAUAGUUUGACAAAACCAUAGUUUUUCAUUCGCACUUUGCAGUUACAAGUUACAACAAAGAAAGAAAGAAGUUCGGAGUGAGAGAACGUAAGCGGCGUUGUUCCUUCUUUGUUCAUUGUUCAUUCACAUACACUAUUCUCUCUUUCUCGCAAACUCUCAAACCCUGAAACCUUUUUCUUUGUUGUUGUUUCGUUCUAACACCUCCACUUUGGUGGGACGAAGAACCUGAAAAAAAAAACCUUUUUUAUUUAUUUGGUGAAACUGAGACAUAAACGUGUUUUUCCUCGGAGACACAGGCAUCCUUUCGAUUACUUGAACAUAUGGUUUGCUCGUAAUGUUCCUUGUUCGUGUUCAGUUGCUACCCUCUUGGCCCCUUUUUAGGUUUCGGUGAUUUUCCGGAGACCCAGGUUGGAAUUCGCGAGAUCUGAGGGUUUUCUGGAUUUGGGUGUUGCGAAAGUUGAGAUUUUGCUGUGGUUUGGGGAUGAAGAUUGAGGUGGGGUUGGGAGGGGUGUGGGAUGAGGAAGAGAAAGCGACGGUGAUGGAGGUUCUGGGACGUGGAGCGUUCGAUUACUUGGUGGCGAAUUCGGUUUCGAACGAGAAUCUGUUAAUGGCGUUCGGGUGUGGCGAGAAUAUGCAGAACAAGCUCUCGGAUCUCGUGGAGCGACCCAACUCGUCGAACUUCAGUUGGAACUACGCCAUCUUCUGGCAAAUUUCGCAGUCCAAGUAUGGGGAUUGGGUUUUGGGGUGGGGAGAUGGGUGUUGUAGGGAGCCAAGAGAGGGAGAAGAGGGUGGUGGAGAAGUGAGAAGGGUUAGGGUUGUUUUUGAUGAUGAUGAUGAGAAGGUGCAGAGGAUGAGGAAGGGGGUGUUGCAGAAGCUGCACAUGACUUUUGGGGGUUCUGAUGAGGACAAUUAUGCUUUUGGGUUGGACCGCGUGACCGACACAGAGAUGUUCUUUCUUGCUUCCAUGUACUUCUCUUUUCCCCGGGGGCUUGGGGGUCCAGGUAAGUGUUUUGCUUCUGGGAAGCAUUUGUGGGUUUCGGAUGUGUUGAAAUCUAGUUUUGAUUACUGUGUGAGGUCUUUCUUGGCCAAAUCUGCUGGGAUUCAGACUGUUGUUUUAGUGCCUACUGAUUUUGGGGUGGUGGAGAUGGGGUCUGUGAGGAUGGUUGGUGAGAGUUUUGAGUUGUUGCAGGCUGUGAAAUCUGUGUUUUCUGCACAGGCAUCAUCAUUAUUAGUCCCCCACAUGGUUAAGCCAAUUGCACCGUUGGAUUUGGUGAGGGAAAAGAGAGAUGGGAGUGAGAGUGCAAAUGCUCUUUUAUCUGGUUUGGCAAUUGGGGAUAAGAAUAAGAAUAUUAAUAACAAUAGUAGAGUAGAGGGAAUUGGAGUUCCGAAGAUUUUUGGGCAGGAUUUGAAUUGUGUGACUCAAUUUAGGGAGAAACUUGCUGUGAGGAAAAUGGAGGAGAGGCCGAGGCCAUGGGGAGGCCAUCCCCCCAAUGUGAAUAGUAUUGGCUUUCCGAACGGUGUUCAGGGUUCUAGUUGGGGGGCUGGUCAAGUUGUGAGGCAUCUUGGUCCUCCUGAAAUGCUUGCUCCUAGGUUGGCCAGCUCCGGCACAUUGCCAAAGCUGGCCAAUGGUGCGAGGCAUGACUUUGUGCAUAACAACUUUGAGCAGCAACGGCCGGUACAGAUGCAAAUUGAUUUCUCAGGAGCCACUUCGAGGGCAGCUUCUGGGAGAUCAAUAAUUGCCGAGUCUGAGAUUUCUGAUGUUGAGGCGACGUGCAAGGAGGAGAGAGUUAGUGUUGCCGAUGACAGGAGGCCGAGGAAGCGGGGGAGGAAGCCGGCUAAUGGAAGGGAGGAACCCCUCAAUCAUGUGGAGGCAGAGAGGCAAAGGCGGGAGAAGCUGAACCAGCGGUUCUAUGCAUUGCGAGCUGUUGUUCCAAAUAUCUCUAAGAUGGACAAGGCAUCACUGUUGGGAGAUGCUAUUGCUUACAUCAAUGAACUUCAAGCAAAACUCAAGACCAUAGAAUCUGAGAGAGAGAGGUUUGGAAGCACCUCUAUGGAUGGACCAGAAUUGGAGGCCAAUGCAAGAGUAGAAAAUCAUCAUAAUGGAACUCCUGAUGUGGAUGUUCAAGUUGCACAAGAUGGGGUCAUUGUAAAGGUGAGCUGUCCUAUUGAUGUUCACCCAGUUUCAAAAGUCAUUCAAACCUUUAAAGAUGCAGAAAUUGGUGUUGUUGAAUCAAAAGUUACUGCUACAAAUGUUUCUGUUUUCCAUACAUUUGUAGUUAAAUCCCAAGGACCUGAUCAGCUGACAAAGGAUAAGUUGAUUGCGUUGUUUUCCAAAGAAUCCAGCACCAUAAAGACAUUAUGAUAUGGAGAAUUGCAAUUAACACAGCCCUUAAGCAUGAUACAUAUAGAAGAGCCAAAUAUCUAUUUCAUCUUCAGAAAUUUUGUUAUACCAUAGAGAAUCUAAAAGUAAAGUAGUGGGCAUUUAGAGACGUAGAAUAAUAGCUUCUAUUAACCCUCUAGGGCAGCCAGUUUAUGUUUGUCUAUAAUAUACACAGUUUAUCAUAAGAAGUAUUAUUCCUGCUAUGUCAAUUAUUUUGUUUAGUUUAACCAUUCUAUCAUUUUACCUUGAUCAUAGGCUCAUAGCCUCAUAGAAUUUCUGUCUUUUGCUUUUCUUUGCUUGUUUCUUGUAUUCUACCUAAGUUUUGUGCAGCAAAAUAUUAGUUAAUUGUCUACUGAUUUGAUCAUUUUCUCAUUUCUAGGGAUAUCCUCUCCCUUCUUUAGAAUAUUAUGUUAUUAGUAAUAGGAUAAUUUCAUAUUUGUAAUCCUUUCUUCUAUAGGAUGCCUUCUUUGUUAAUGUCAGAAUACUUCUUUC